GCGGCAAUGGAACCCGCGGCGCCGCGGAACGAGCUGGUGUCGGCUGAGGGCCGGAACCGGAAGGCGGUGCUGUGCCAGCGCUGCGGCUCGCGAGUGCUGCAGCCGGGGACGGCGCUCUUCUCCCGCCGGCAGCUCUUUCUGCCCUCCAUGAGGAAGAAGCCAGCCCUGGCUGACGGCAGCAGCCCCGAUGGCGACCUCCUCCAGGAGCACUGGCUGGUAGAGGACAUGUUCAUGUUUGAGAACGUGGGCUUCACCAAGGACGUGGGCAACAUCAAAUUCCUGGUCUGCGCAGACUGUGAGAUUGGACCAAUCGGCUGGCAUUGCCUUGAUGACAGGAAGAGUUUCUAUGUGGCCUUGGAACGGGUUUCCCACGAGUAACAGGAGAGGGGGCUCAGCUCCACCCCAAGUACAAGAGCUGCUGCUCACAGGAAGUGGUAUCUAACCUGGUGUAAUGGUUCCGCUGCUGCUUCUGUGUCCUAAUCAUGAGCACCGAUGCGUCCAGCAGAGCGUGCAGAGGCUAACCCUGCUUCCUAGAUCCUCACAUGCGUCCUCUCGCCUACUACUCUGCGUCACAUCUCCUAAGCUCCCUCUCCCCCAGGUUAGGACACUGGCACACGUCCACACAUCUCAGCUGCCAUCUGCUGGGCUCUUCUGCCUGGGGCUCCCUCGCUGCCUGCUCUGGAAGAGCGUCACCCCUGCAGCCACGGUGACACAUGACGUGAUGCUCGUGUGCUCGCAGUUGAAGCUCCACCUUUUCCUCUCGUUUACGAAAGCACACAGGUGUCUGAGAGUGACUGUUGUGUGGCUCGCUUCACAGGAACUUAAUCUUUUUAAGAGUAUAGCACUCACAAGCUCUUGUGUUUGAGCUGCUCGUCCGAAACACUGCCGGGCACCUCUGUGCCAGGUGUGAGCGCCUCGGCUCUCGGCUGACAGACCUUUUCUCGUGGAGAUGAGUGUGGCCCCUUUUCCCUUCGAACCCUGAUGAGCUGUACCGAGAUUCAGAUUUUCACACCCAUCGGGAGCCCCCCAAGGAAAGCUCAGCCUGGGCUUUCCCCAGGAUCUCCUGGAGGAUGUGGGGCGAAGGAGGAAUGGCCGUCGCCAUAUGACCCAGGAGUUUGCAGGUGUGUCUGAUCUGAACAAGUCAGUGCUUCCUUUGUUCUCAGGAAAGACUUCCUCGUGGGUAAUGUCAUUUACUGGGCCUGCUGAGCGUGGUUCUCGGAAGUUUUGGUUCAUGUGGAAUCUACACCAGCCCAGAACACUAACCCCGUCCGAUGCCUCUGCUGCUGCUGCAGCCAUGGGGCUGCUCGAACAGCGCGUGUCAGCCCUGUUCAGAGGACCUGUGCUGUCUGUCACUUCUCUUCUGAAAUGACUCACCAGAAGGGAUCUGUGUAACCAGGUCCAGGUGUCCUUCCCACACCCCACCUCGAUCCAGGACGCCUGGCAUUGCAGCAGGACUGACUAGAGACCUGGCACUCUGCAGUCUGUCUGCUCCCCUUCUCCCACGGCUCACUCUAAGGGCUCCCCAACUAAUGUGCAGGCCUGGGCAUGGCUUUGCAACCAGCCUACUUUCUCCAUCCCUGGUCAGAGCCCCAUUGAGCUCUGGCAGAAAUGAGAGCUGUUUUCCAGACCAGUGGUCCAGAGGCCAUGAUUAUGGCCUUUGCGGAAAAAUAGCUGUGAGCAUUAUCCACUCAAGUCAGAAGGAGCAAAGCCAAGUAGAUGCCUCUGGGGCCAGCGGCCCCUCCCAGCACAGCCCAAGCAGGCAAAGCGUUUUCUAAAAUUAGGCUUUGACUUUUCUUCCCCUUUUUAAUCACAGAAAUAGUACACAUUCAUUGCAGAUAAGUACAAAAGUGGGUAUAAAGACUUUUUUUAAUUCCUUGUAUUUCCACCAUCUAGAGAUUGUAGUGAUGAUGUGUUUUCUGUGUGUAUAUACACGUGUGUUUUUAAAACAAACAUGAGCUCAGACUAUUCUUGUUUAUAACUUGCUUUUUCCAUUUGACAACAUACUGGCUUCUCCCAUAUGUAGCUAUUCCCAUAUGUAAGCCUUGUUUUUAGUGUGCCCUUGUAUUUGUGUUUAUUUAAACAAUCCACUGUUAGGCUGUCUCUAGUUCCUUACAGACAAUGUGACAACGUGCAGCUUUGUGAUUAAAUCUGGACGCACAUUCCUAGUUGUUUCCUGGGGCAAAAAGUGGGAUUGCAGCUGUACUGCUUACCUCCAUGGGAACACAGACUUGCUUCUCUGAACCUUUCUGACACUGGGUGUCUAUUAUCAUUGAAAGACUUUGGCCCUGUCGCUUAGAGUUGUCCAAAUGCACCAGGUUGUGGGUUCGAUCUCCAGGACAUUCACAAGAAUCAAUGAAUGCAUCAAUAUGCAGAACAACAAAUUGAUGUUUCUCUCUCAAAAAAGAAGAAUAUUUUGCCACUUUAAUAGAAAAAAUAGUAUCUCAUUGUUUUGAUUUGCAUUUAUGUUAUUUCUAAUGAAGUUUUUAUAUACUUACUGAUAAUUUGUAUUUUUUUGAGAAUUGCCAAACAUUGUUGCCCAGUAGCCAAAAAUAUCAAGUUGUUGUCUUGCCUUUUAGUUUGAUUUGAAAAAAAUAAAGACAUUUAAACAUUGGAAAUUAGAUCCCUGUGUGUCUUAGAAAGCCACAGGCAUGAGAACAUGCGGAUGAGGAGAAUCGGGCCAAUGGCAGCAUCUGCGGCUUCCUUAGACGCCACUCAGCCCAGUUGCCCUGAUGUGUCUCUUCCCUUGGAUUGCCAUCAGGGCAGGGGCAGUGUGGUGCCCUCCCAUUCACACACCAGGGACCAGAGGGCAGGCUGUGGAAGCCCAGGAGGGCCUGCCAUUCAGAAGGUGUGCAUGGAGACCCUUCUGUGAAGUACUGAGAAGAAUUUGUUCAUACACUACGCUUUCAUCAGUUCACAUUCCCAUAGGCUCCUGGGCCUGUGACCCAGUUUGUUUUAUGGGUUUUGUUCCAGGGUGAGGCCAGAAAGAUGAAAGGUGCAGCCUGGCGUUCAGAAAGCACACACUCCUGCCCUGUUUUCCUGCUGUGGCCAUGAGCACGGCAAUAGGAGGCAGGGACCCCUGAUCACGAAGAUAAUAGCUGCUGAAGGGCAGUCCUGGAGCACAGAACAAGACAGGACGUCUGGUGGCUGACUUAGUUUCCUGGCUCCGUGUUAGGAAAAA